AUGCGACAAAUCAUCACCAUCUCAUUGGUCUUCUUGGCCGUUCUGGCCCUUGUACACGUUGCGGCCGGCCAGGGCAUUCCCUCCACGGCCGUGCGUAACUUCACCUACACCGGCUUCGUGGCUCGCGAUGAGCUCGAUUUCGGCGUUGAGUUCAACCCCGUCUUUGGCCCUGAGAAUCUGAAGCUCAUGUUUUACGAUCCCCUUGGCGGCGAUGAGAGAAUCGAAGUCGGCGCGGUUUGGUACAAGAGGCGCGCUCAUCUCGAGAGCUUCAAUGUCACCUUCACCGUCCGCAUGUCCAACCUGUCGCACACCGGCGUUGGUAACCCGGACGGCUUCGCCCUCGUUGUUCAGAACCACAGGGCCAACGCCUUCGGUGCCGGAGCUGGUGGUAUCGGUUAUGGUGCCACUCCCGAUUACGAGGACCUCGGCGUGAGGCGAUCGGUCGCCGUCGAAUUCGACACAUACCUGGAUGAGAAUCUGGGCGAUCCCAACUCCAACCACAUCUCGGUGCACCACACCACCCCUGAGCGCGUCCACAACAGCGCUCACGAGGAAACUGCUCUCACCCCCCCUGGUGCCGUCACCAACAUCCCCGGUAUCGCUGGUUUCACCCACAAGUACAACGUUCAGUACAUCGAGAAGCAGCUCAGCGUCUACAUCGAUGACAGCGCCAGCCCCGCCUACCAGACCACCAUCGAUAUCCCCAGCAUCAUCAGCCUGAACUCCUCCGGUGCCUUCGUUGGUCUGACCGCUGCCUGCAUGUCGACCUGCGAGGACGUUGAGGUGCUCGACUGGAGCUUCAACUACGUGGCCAUCCUCGAUGCCACCAAGAGCUUCGUCACCAACGUCAAGAACAACUCCGUCGCUGGCCGCACCUCCUCGUUCACCGUCCAGGGCGUGGACACCAACGGUUACUACUACCAGACUGGUGGCGACGCCUCCAAGUGGACCGUGGAGUUCACCCGCGUCAGCGGCUCUGGCUCCGUUGUUUCGCCCUCCGUUAACGUUGUCGAUAAGAAUGACGGAACGUACACCAUCUCCUACGCGCCCACCUCUGCUGGCGUCUAUGAUGUCACCGUCUACUACAACGCCAACGCGCUUGCCGGCAUGCCCUUCAGGAUCACGGUGGACCCCGGUGCCGUCGAUGCCACCAAGAGCGACAUCCUCGGCAACAUCAACGGUGGCGUUGCUGGUCAGCCCCUGAACAUCACCAUCCUCGGCAAGGACGCCUUCAACAACGUCAACCCCAACAACAACCCGCCCGCCACCUUCACCGCCUCGUUCAACAACGGCGGCGCCUCGGCCAGCUCCAGCUUCAUCGGCAACGGCACCUACCUGAUCCAGUACACGCUCACCACGGCCAGGACCUACACCAUGACCGUUACCUACAACGGCACCGCCCAGCAGGUCAAGGGCUCGCCCUUCAACGCCGUGACCAUCACCCCGGCGCUCCCCGAGCCCUCGGCCUCGGUCGCCUCUGGCACCGGCAUCGUGGGCGGCACCGCCGGCACAACGCUCACCGCCGUCGUGCUCGUGAGGGAUCGUUUCCAGAACAACAUCACCUCGAACCUGCCCGCCGGCUACCAGCUCACCGGCUUCUGGGACAAGCCCGCCGCCGGCAACAACGUCACCUUCACCGUGCAGCCCGACGGCACCCUCGCCGGCUCGUACGCCAUCAGCACCGCUGGUACCUACAGACUCACCAUCGUGAUGGCCCCCACCGGCCUGCCCAUCUCCGGCAGCCCGUUCCCCGUCACCAUCAGCGCCGAGACCAUCACCUCGGCCGCGCAGUCCGUGGCCACCGGCGCCGGUCUCACCACCGCGUCGGCCGGCAACAACGCCUCGUUCACCGUGCAGGCCCGCGACCAGUUUGGCAACAACAUGGCCUCGUCCGAUGCCUCGAUUGCCGUCAGCUUCAGCGACGAUUCGGGCGUGCCGCUCCAGAUUGCCCACACCGCGGUCCAGAACUCGGCCGACAGGUCGCAGUGGAUCGUGAGCUACGUGCCCACCAACGCCCUCUCCACCCGCAUCUCGGUGAGCCUCAACGGUGCGCCCAUCAAGGCCUCGCCCUUCAUCGUCAACGUGCACCCUGGCACCCUGGACCCCAAGAACUGCUUCGCCGAGGGUCUCGGCCUGGCCACCCCCAAGACCAAGGUGCCCCUGUCGUUCGUCGUCAUCACCGCCGAUCACUUCAACAACCGCCUCAAGUCCGGUGGCGCCACCAUCGACGUCACCCUCAAGGAGAUGAAGAGCGGCGCGACCGUGACCGGUAGCGUACAGGACCUGAACAACGGCGCCUACAAUGUGGGCUUCACCCUCACCAGGUCGGGUACCUACAACAUCACCAUCAACGCCAACGGCGUCCCCAUCGGCAAGGACACCAAGUACAGCAUGGUGGUCCCCAACGAGGGUCUCGGUGCGCUCGGCUGGGCUCUCAUCGUGCUGGCCAUCCUCGCCCUCAUCGCCGUGGUCGGUGGUGGUGCCUUCUGGUACCUCAAGUACUACAAGGCCAGGAGCGACUACGACGAGAUCGGCGCCUAA